UGGAGCUGCCUCUGAUCCAGAGAGCCGCCUUGGCCAGCCACAGCCAUAGCCUUUUCCUCCUAGCGCCCCUGGAGCUUCAGCAGCAGCAGCACUGAGUGAGAAGGAGGUGUCCAUGGCUGCAGCCUGGCUGCAGGCAUCUCCUGCUCUUGGCUGCUGCUUCCCCAGCGCUUGCCUCCUGUAACAAAGAGAAGGAAGGAAGAGGCAGAGGAUGGAAGAUGGAAGGAGGCGACGGUGGGGGAGAAGAAUUUGUUUGGGUUAACGGUGCGUCCGCUCAUUCCCAGAGUGUUGCCAAGGCCAAAUAUGAGUUUUUAUUUGGUGGACCAGAAAACGAAAAUACUUCAGAAUCUGGUGGCCAUGGAAGUAGUACUCUUCUCCCGCCCCAUGUUAACAAUGAAUUCCCAGAAUAUGGGACCGUGGAAGAAGGGGCCACGACAUUGGAUGUGUCACCUGAGUGUCAUGGAGAGACUAUAAUAUGUGCUUCAGAUGGGCAGUCAAGUGAGCCACUGCUCUGUGGGACUCAUGUGAAUGGCAGCCCUGGAGAUGAUAUAGAAUCGUCACAUGAAGGGCUGCAAACAUCUCUCAGAGAGGAAGAACUGGCUCCCAAAGUGGACAAAUUGCAUGAGAUGCCAAACAGUUUAGAAUGUGAUAAUACACAGGAUGGAGAGAGGAAUGCUAUCUGUUCAGAGAUGCAAAUGGAAAAAGAGAGGACUGGCAAUGUGGUUGAAGAGGCAACCAGAGAGAAAGUUCUUGCAGGCCAAGAAAAUCCUACAGAAUUGCCUCUUCCAUCUGAAAUAACUGCAGAGAGAAAAUUAUAUUGGAUCACAGAAGAAGACUCUAUGGUCUUAACCGUAGAAAUACAGCCCGAAACCUCAAAAGCAGUGGACGAUAGGACUGAUGAGACCCACAAAGUAUGUGAAAAAGGUAGACAUAUACCUUUGGCAGGUCGAGAGAGCAAAUAUGGCAGCACUGCUAGUGGUCUUGGAAGUGCCUGGGCAGACUUUGAGCGGGAGUUUUCUGUGUUUGGUCCAGAAACAGAAAAAAGAGCAUCUGAGAGGAGGCUAUCAAAAGAGGCAGCUGUGAGCAAGCAUGUAGAAUUUCAAGGGGUAGAAAUCCUUUGGAUACAAAAAGCAGAGGAGCAGAAGAGUGCAGGGCACUCUGAGGAUAGCAAUGUAGAAAAGAGAACAUUCUCCAUUAUACCAAACUGCCACACUCCAUCCUCAGACUCCACAGAAUUAGUUGACUUGCCUGAGCGUUCUUGGAAUGUAUCCUGGGAAAACCUCAAGCCUGUAGCUUCCGUGACUGAAGGUGGAGAGGAUGAAGUCUUUGUAACAGAAGAAAAGAAGAGCUGGGAGAGGGACAGGCUAAUGGAGGAGGAAGAAACGGUCAGUGGGAGAAUGGAAGAUGUCCUUGGGCAACCACACUCCGAAGUCUCAACAGAUGUGUACAGCUCCCAGUUUGAAAGCAUUCUAGACAAUGCCUCUUUAUAUUAUAGUGCUGAGUCGCUGGAAACGUUAUAUUCUGAGCCUGAUAGCUACUUCAGCUUUGAAAUGCCACUUACUCCAAUGAUCCAGCAGCGUAUCAAGGAAGACACUCAGUUUUUAGAAAGGACUCCUGAUGGGGAAGUCAGGAAAGGCCAUUGUGAUGGAGUCUCCAAUGGGCUGGCUGAUGUGAAGGAGUCAGAUAUCACAGAAGAUUGUCAUUUGGAAAGCAAUGCAAGACUGGAACACCCAACACCACUAGAUGCCAUAGGGGACAUGGGAAGCAAUGAUUUUCUGGAAAAAGAGGGGCAUGAAAACUUGAGUCACGACUUCAUCAAUGGCACCACAAGUGGCAAUGUAGACGCAGCCAGGAGGUUGGCAAAGCGACUCUAUCAUCUGGAUAGAUUCAAACGGUCUGAUGUAGCGAGGCAUUUGGGGAAAAACAAUGAGUUCAGCAAACUUGUAGCUGAGGAAUACCUCAAGUUCUUUGAUUUCACGGGCCUUUCUUUGGAUCAUUCCCUCAGGACAUUCUUCAAAGCCUUUUCCCUCAUUGGAGAAACUCAGGAAAGAGAGAGAGUUUUAAUUCAUUUCUCCAACAGAUACCACCACUGCAACCCAAAUGCCAUUUCCACACAAGAUGGAGUCCAUUGCCUCACGUGUGCCAUUAUGCUGCUCAACACUGACCUCCAUGGCCAUAACAUUGGCAAAAAGAUGUCUUGUCAAGAAUUCAUUGCCAACCUUCAGGGAAUGAAUGAAGGCAAAGAUUUCCCAAGGGAACUCUUGAAGGCUCUCUACAAUUCAAUCAAAAAUGAGAAGCUUGAGUGGGCAGUGGAUGAUGAAGAGAAGAAAAAAUCUCCCUCAGAUGGUAGUGAUGAGAAGGAUAAUGGUACCCAAUCAAAGACUGCCAAUCGCAUUGGCAAUUCCAGUAAUCCUUUCCUAGACAUCCCUCAUGACCCCAACGCUGCUGUGUACAAAACUGGAUUCCUGGCACGUAAAAUCCAUGCUGAUAUGGAUGGCAAGAAAACACCACGAGGGAAGAGAGGUUGGAAAACCUUUUAUGCUGUUCUUAAAGGCACUGUGCUUUAUUUACAAAAGGAUGAAUACAAACCAGACAAGGCACUGUCAGAGGAAGAUCUUAAAAAUGCAGUCAGUGUGCACCAUUCAUUAGCAUCGAAGGCAACAGACUAUGAGAAGAAGCCAAAUGUCCUUAAGCUCAAGACGGCUGACUGGAGAGUGCUGCUUUUCCAAGCUCAGAGCCCAGAAGAAAUGGAAUUGUGGAUAAAUAAGAUCAAUUCUGUGGCAGCUGUUUUUUCUGCUCCACCAUUUCCUGCUGCUAUUGGAUCCCAGAAGAAAUUUAGCCGCCCUCUGUUACCUGCUUCUACAACCAAAUUAUCUCAGGAUGAUCAGCUAAAAUCCCAUGAAAGCAAGCUGAAGCAAAUCUCCACUGAACUAGCUGAGCAUCGCUCCUAUCCACCAGAUAAGAAACUUAAAGGCAAGGAAGUGGAAGACUACAAACUCAAAGAUCAUUAUCUGGAAUUUGAGAAAACGCGCUAUGAAACAUAUGUGUCUCUUCUCAAAGAGGGAGCAGGAAAAGAGUUGCUGAGCACGGGUGAGAAUGAUGGCCCAGGACUGAAGAAAUGCCACUCAAGCCCUUCAUUAAACCAAGAGUCUCCUCUUAGUGCCAAGGUGAAGCGUAACAUCUCUGAGAGGAAGGACUAUAGACCUGAAACACCCAGCCUCAAGCAGAAGGUUACUUAGGGCAACUGAGGCAGGCUGGUGGGAUCACAUAUCACUCUCCCUCUCUCUUUCUCUCUUUGAUAACCUGUCCUUUGCAAAAACAAAACAAACAAAAUUAACACAUCUGCCUGAAUGGGGUGUUAGUGACAUUUUCAAUUGUAAAAUUUUGUUGUUUCUGUACAGGUCGUUGGAGAUGUUUUGGCUUCUGACUUGCAUUUGCCUAGUUAAUUUAUCAUAGAGCAAUUGAUCCAAUCCUUUCUUUUUAUAAAUAAAAAGAAAAGUGGGACAGGGAACAAGGAGUGGGAAGGGAGAGGUUUCAUGAUACAUGUCUCUCCCUUGUCUUUUUCACUUCUCUCAUUGGCUUGUAACUUUCAUCUCUCAAGUCAUCUGCUGCUUUUGAGCAGCAGUGAAAGUAACUGGACAAAUGAAAAGCUUGCUGAUUUGUUUAGCCUUGCGAAUGGAGUCGCCUUUGCCAAGGUGGCAUUGAAAAUGGAAGAGAAAUGAAGUGAAAAUGCUGCUGUGCUGUCGGACUCUGUCACUACAUGUGAAGGAAGCCCUGCCAGUAGGUAGGCUGCUGAAUGAGCAGUUGAUGUGAUCCUUGAGCUUACACUCUGCAAGGGACUGAAAAGUGAUAGCUAGCCUUCAAGAACAAAAAAAUGAAGGAACAUAGUUAGUAUUUUGGAUGUUGAAAGGGAGCCAGGUCUUUGGUGGUCAGAAGUAAUUCCAGCCAAAACUGUUCAUUUUCAUUGACUGGAAGGUUUCUCCACUGACCUCUCCCUCUCUGUUUUUGCAGCAAGUCACACUUGCCCAUGCAGUUCUCAACAGUAUAUACUUAUACAUUUAUUGUACAGACACCUGGUAAUGUGUAUUUAUUUUCCAUAGGCAUUUUGAUCCUCUUCUAGAAGUUCAAGUAUGUUCAGGCACUUUAUAAUUGAAUUGAUUGCCGCUGGAUGUGUUCUUAAUGUUGAAAAAUGUGAAGGGGUGGCUUGUUACCCAGUUUGCUUUUAUAACUCAAAGAGGACCAGAGAUGUAUUCUUUAGAAUGAUGAGAUCUUUCUUCCUAGAACAAAACCCUGAUUCCAUUCCAGUCAUUCUGUGUAAGCCAGCAAAUCCCUCCAUCUAUUAAAAAUACCCACCAUUGAUAUAACUCCCCUCCUUUCAUGUCUGCGCUAGCUUACUUCAUAUCAAUGCAAUGAAACAAAAUGAGCCAGAAAUAAGGAGAACAGCAGUAUAUUUAUCACUGCUCCUGAAAUGUCCUCAUCUUCCUUGCAGAGCACAGCAUUAUAUUUGAAGUGUAUUCAAUGUUAAAGAAGACAAAAGAACUACAAGGCACCCCAAGCAAACCAAAGGAAAAGGAAGCACCAUAACCAUGUGGGAAUUAAGUCAUAACCCCAAAGAAUCAAAUCCCAAAGAAUCAAAAUGGUUGUGAAUAACGGAGUUAACACCAUUGAAAUCCAGAACUGAGAUAAGGAGCAGACAUAAAGAUCUGCCUUCCUGCAUGCCAUUGAUUUGGCAGUAUGGAUCUCUCUGUAUGUCUCUUUGCCUAUUAGACCAGUCAGGACACACUGGGUAAAAAGUGGGUCUCCAUUUUAUUUAGAUCCUGCUUGCUUUAGAAGUGGGAAAGACUGGAGUGACACACCUCAGAGAAAUUUGUUCACCUUAAAGUCCAAGUUUUAUAUUGAACGUUACCUUGAGUUCCAACACUGUACAUGAGCAGCUGUGGAUGUUGCUUCAUCUCUGUAGAGGAAACCCUUUCUGCAUGGCAUUGGCAGUUAGAGAUUGGCAGACCAGCUCAGAUUGAUGCCAGAAGUGCAUAAUACAAGAAUGGGGAAUCUUUGAUGCUUCAGACACUUUGGAUUACAACUUCCACAGUGCCUUACUAUUGGCCAUGCUGAGUAGAUCUCUUGGCAGUUGUAGGCCAAAACGUCUGGAUGACCAAAACUGCCCCAUUCCUGUCAAAAAGACUGAAUGGAAUGAAACUCCUUGCUGCCUCCACUUUCUAAGGGACUCAAACCCUAAUGCUUUCAGAAUCAUCAGAUCUGUGCACUGAGAGGAGGACAGGAGUCUUCAGGUCAGAUAGGUUAAUGGUUGCUGUGAGAGUGGAUGGCACCAAGAGAAGUGGCCUUUGUGAGGCAGUGUCUUACUCAUGGUUCUGUGGUUGCUCAUUUUUCAUCAGAAGAGCCCGCAAACUGUCCAGUUAUAUUGAGAAAAGAGAGAUGGCAGUAAAGUGACAAGAGUCAUUAGCACUAUCUGAAAAGCAAGGGUGACCUUGCUGUUGGUACUCUAUUUGUCUUGUCUCUCAUAAAGCACAAGGGGAAAGAAAAGUAAAACAAAAGAUUGGGAGAAAACUUCAAUAUUUUUAAAGUUUGAGGGUGAAUAGAGGUUGGACAUUUUAACCAAUCCAAAUGAAAGAAAGAACUCACAAGAUUUUCUGUGGAGCACAGUAAAGCAACAAUAUUGUAUUGAAAUUUUCUAUGAGGUUUUCCAUGGGUGAAGAUGGGAUAAACUAUUAAUUGUACUGAUUCUGUAUUGAUUGGCUGUUGGCUUCUGCAGCUGUUUGCUGAGGGUUAUUGAAUGGUAUCUUCAGAAUCACAAACAACUGUUAUCCAUGCAGUGACACAUUGUGCUCAUCCAAAUGAGUGCAGCAGGAAUGAGUGAUGGGUGUUGCAUUCUUCUCUCCCAGUGAAAAUGCUGUGGCACUGCCUAAUACUCCUUUGCCCAGGUGAACUAUUAUAGUAGGGUGAUAAAGGAGAGGUGGCAAGUGGCCUUUCUCUCCCCUCUGAGAUGGGCAGUUGCUAAAAUUUGGGUGGGGAUCCAUGUCACAGCCAGACAAUGGCUGUAUGAUCCAAAUUAUUAAUCCUUUGGAAAAGACUUGGCUCUGUGUGUGUGUGUGUGUGUGUG